AUGUACGGCACGGCAUUGGUGGAUUACUCGCACAACAAUAGGAGAGAUCGAGAGAGGAAAGAGUAAUAAUGUUGUUUUAGACAACGAAGAGGAAUAUGCUGGAGACUCCUCUUCCGAAGAUUCUCACUCCCACGCGCAUCUCCUCUCCUGUGAUCCGCAUCUACUCUACAAUUUAACCACCAUUUUUUUCAAUUUUUAUUUUUAUUAUCAUAACUUUAUUUUUAAUUUAAUCAACUUUACUUUUUCAUUCUAGCUUUUUCCCAAGUUUCUGGGUUUCUGGAUUUACCUUCUUUUACUCAGUUUGAAGCUCUGCCUCACGGCUGACAACACAAGUUUCCUGGCAGCAACAAGUCUUUUGACUGCUACCUGCAAGUUAUUGUGGGUAGGCAGUACAUGUUUAUAAUUAAAUAGGAGAUGGUUCCCCAGAGUGCAUUGAAUUCAAGUCGAGCAUUAGAAGGUGUGCAUGGAGUGCAGGUGGUGCCACAUGCUCCAUUUGUUGUUGAAGAGGUCACUCAACUCGGGGACCAAAGGCCAACUUGUAAAGAUUCAAAUACAAGAAUUAGUCGACAUGUAUUAAUGCAACGCGUGCAGGAGCAAAUAGCCAUACGUUUAAGACCUGUCCAAUGCUGCCAUACCGGUGAUCAAAAUAUUGCUGAAACAGUUGCUAAUGUUGUAACAUCUCUUCCAUUUAUUGCUCUUGGAGCCCAUGCACCUAGGAAAAGUUACAAUUCCAAGCUCUAUGCUAAUUCUCUGAUUGGAGUUGGAGUUGCCUCUAGCAUGUAUCAUUGUUCCAGGGGCAGGAUUAGGAAGUUCCUGAGAUGGGUUGAUUAUACCAUGAUAGCAACUGCAACUGUGUGUCUUUCGAGAGCACUUAGGAGUGAACAUCCUAAACUUCUGAUGGCUGCUUCUGCUGUGUGUCUACCAUUCCAACCACUCAUGGUUUCACUUGUUCAUACUGGUUUGAUGGAGGUGGCAUUUGCCCAAAGGGCAUUCAAAGAUCCAGAACUAAAACUGGCACACAAUGUCCACAAGGCAUGUUCAUUGUUGGGUGGUGUGUUAUUUGUUGCUGAUGAUGUUUUCCCAGAAACUCCGUACCUUCAUGCGGCUUGGCAUCUUGCUGCAGCUGUUGGAGUUGGCACCUGCAAUAGGCUUCUUGAGUAACAUGGACUUUGGCUAAUCUAUUGGUAAAACUAUAGAGGGUAAAAAGAAAACUAGGAAUAUUGUAUAAAAUUAUUGAGCUAUCCUGAGCAAUUGGAUUAUCUGAAGUGAUUAAGGCUGUUAUGUAUCACAGCAAAUUAGGGGGAAAAUUUGUAUAUAUUUAAGAAUGUAGACUGUAGUAUUUAUCAGAAGGGGAGUUUUUACGGACCGAGAGGGUGGAACAGGGGGUUGAUGAAGGUGGAAAGAAAAUGUAGUAUGUAACGGCAACUAUUGUUGCCUUAGGGACUGAGUCUUGCAUUCUUUGGAACUUGUAAACUACAAGUAUUAUGUUCGUUAUGGUACUCAAGACCAAUCAAUACUUUUUAAUGCAUAGGAUUGGAAUUUCUCAUAGAAUAAAUUCCAUUAUGAAA